UUGGAACUGCACUUUGAAAAAAUAACACGUACAAUGAAACCCCACUUCAACACCCUGGGGUUUUUUAAAGUUAAAUUGUGUUGGCUGUUCCCAAACCUAUUCAGUUGGGCUUCACGCUUCGAUGAAAACGAACAGCAAGUGUUUAAUACAGUGCACUGCUUCAGUGAGAGAUUUUGAAGUAACAGGCCUAUGCAAAACAGUAUAAAAUAAAGUUCUAUAGACACCGGUGAUAAAGACGUUUCCACGGUCUGAGUUGCGACGAUGGAAAGUUUGCACGGUUACGUACGCCUGUGGGUGAUAGUGGUUGGUGCAAGCACAGCUUUCUGGCCUGAUGUUGUCAUUGGAAUCGAAGGCAUCGUCAUCAAUGAAUUCCAAGUACAAGGCCCGUCACAGUACGUCGAGCUGUACGAUGGCGGAGUUGGCAGUACGCUACUGGAUGGCCUGGCAUUGGUCCUUUACUCUGGAGCUUCUGAAGCUGUUUACAGCCAACCUCUGGUGCUUGACAGCAUCCAGACUAGUCAGACGGGAUACUGCCUCAUAUCGUUUGGGCCCCCGUUACCCAGUGCCGAUGUUAAUUCCUCAACAGUCCUGCUAUCGGCCGGUUUAAAUGCAAUAGCGUUGUAUGACCAGUCCGGUGGGAGAAUUAUACAGGCUGGAUCAGCAGUAACGGAUGUGGAUUUGGUUGAUGCGGUGGUGUACGGCAACUCCACAAAUCCACAAGACAGCAGGUUGGUGAGUGUGUUGUCCCAGGGCCAAUAUCCCCUUCAGAAGAGCGGACCUUCCAUUGGUAAUCAAGACACUUCUCUCGGUCGUUGCAGAGGGUGGAGGCAAGUCAUGCAUUCGUCGUUUCGUACAGGAAACCUGACCCCAGGCAGCGACAACGACUGUGUUCUGCCGUCGCUUGUUCUCAACGAGCUGAAUCCGACCACUAGUGAGUCUGGGGCCCAGUUUAUCGAGAUCUUUGACGGUGGACUGGGGUUCCAGACCACUGAUGGUAUUAUGUUAGUCGCGUACGCUGGAAACCGUCUUGGAGACAGCGUCCAUGUAUCUGUGGAUCUCACUGGUUACGUGACCGACGAAAAUGGCUUUCUGGUUGUCACCGCCAAUGAUACUAACUUCGGAGAUGUUACCAGCCCAACGCUUAAUAGACCGAAAGUGUUCAUUCCGAGAAAAGCGACGGGUAUUGCACUGCAUUUAGGAGCACCAAAGCGUUUUGCACAGGGCAAACCAAUUACAGAUUACCACCUGAUCGACGCAAUCGUGUAUCAGCUUGACGGGGGUACCGUUGACCACGCAUUGCUAGACGUAUUGACACCAGGACAGGAUACCGUUGUUGAUCAGGACUCGACGGAUGAUCAGGAUUACUCUAUUAGUCGCUGCUACUGUUGUUCAACUCGUAACGUUUCAGCAUUUGGCAGGGCACCAAUAAGUCCAGGUGCUAUCAAUCGAAUGUGCAGUAUCGGUAAUCGCACCAUCCUCGAAACACCACCCAAUGCCGUCAGAAUCAACGAAGUCCACAUCGGCACAUCGGGUUCGACCGAUGGAGACUUUGUGGAAAUCUACGACGAGGGAUAUGGGCUGACUGCCUUGGCUGGCAAAGUGUUAGUGGUGUUCAUCGGUACUGAGGAAGGCGGAAGAUCUCACAGAAUUGUAGACCUUCUACGUUCAGCCACGAACAGCGAGGGUUAUCUUGUGAUUGCGCCCUCUUCCGUCAGCCCUGCAUCCGAUUUUGGUAACUUGAAUGCCGAUUGGCUCAGAGAUGGACUGGACAUGCAGCAAGUAGCUGGUGCCGUGGCACUAUACAAGCGACCCGUUGCCGGUUUUACACCGGGCAGUGGUCCCACUAUGGACGGCCUGCUGGAUGCGGUCGUCUUCGGCAAUAAAUCCACGUUGACGUUAGGACUGCUUGACAGGCUUCUACCGGGACAAGCUAUAGCACAGAACUUCUUACCUGACACAGGCUCGUCUAUUCUGAGGUGCUAUUCUCUUCAUCCACUUGACCAAGCUGCAUUUGCAGCUGGUUCUCCGUCGCCUGUUGCCGCAAACACCUGUCCUCCGCCGCCGUGUUAUCUAAACGAGCUGAACUCCCUGUCCUCAUCGUCAUCCGGGGUCUUUGUGGAAUUCGCCUGUGCUGGACUGCCAUAUUUCCCACUGGAUACUGUUAUCGCGGUGAUGUGGAAUUCAGACGUUAUUAUCGCUGGGCCAUUAGCGCGUCGGAGGACAAACAAAGACGGCUUCGCGUCAUCGAAUUUCAAUCGAAUAGGCAGAGUUCCGAAUGCGUUUGCACUUGCUCUGUACUAUUCCCCGCAUGCCAUCGAUCUGCUUGACGAGAAUAAGGAGGUUAGGUUAACCAGCACGGGGCUGCUUGACGCCGUGGUUGUGGAGAAGGAAGGCAACCAGGAGGAUCUGACUGACUGGCUCAGCGUCCUUACGCCGGGGAAACCCCCAGUCCGUGAGGACGAGGCUUUCAGCCACAGGGAUGAAUCACUUAGCCGCUGCAUGGUUGACGGUGAUUGGACAUUCGUUCUUGCCCACGUAUCCAGGGAUAGCAGAAAUCACUGCCCGACCAGAGACAAUCCAGACGUCCUCAUUAACGAGAUUAAUCUGCCUGAACGAGAACAGUUCAUUGAACUCUUCGAUCUCGGCAGUGGAUUUACUCUUCUAGAUGACUUCUUAGUGGUUCUCUACAGUGCUGCUGGGAAUGCUUUACAAGUUAUUUCACUUGCUGGAUACACCACAGAUGCGAGAGGUUACUUUGUUCUGGGGGUUCAGGAUGCCCAUAACAUCGGCGGUGUAUACUACGAAUUUGCUGAAGGCUUUAUAGAUCCAAAUAGUGGGGGCGUGGCCCUGUAUAGAACCGAGGGCGGCAGUUUUACACUGUUAGUAGGAGACAUGGUAACCACUCAAGGCUUGGUUGAUGCUGUCAUCUACACGAACGAUCAGGGGAACCUUGGCCCUGCGCUGUACACACUGAUGUCAGAUGAUACCUCAUUGGGGCUGGAUUCCGGUGACCUGCAUUUCAGUCGGUGCCUCUCGGGUGAAUAUCGCUCUUCCAGUGCCUUCAGUGGCGACCGCCCACCGACCGUGGCAGCCAUGAACGACUGCCCCGUGUACCCAUCCCGUGAUGUCAUCAUCAACGAGUUGAACUUUGGUGAGCCCUCGUCGACUCCCGAGGCUUACGCGGAGCUGUACGACGGAGGCCGAGGCAACACGCCGCUUACCUACCUCACCUUGGUGGCUUUUGCUGCCAUUGAUAACAACGGGGCGUAUCAGACUGUGGAUCUGAGUGGCUAUCAAACCAAUGAGCAAGGGUACUUCUUGGUCGGAUCUCAUGAUUCAGCUGAUCUGGUUGUGACACUGGAGCGUACGUAUGGAACAAGAUUUGAACCUCACGGCGCCGGUGCUAUCGCCCUCUAUCGGUCGCAUCCUGGUGUCUUCUAUCACGCAGCCCCAGCAACUAAGAGAAGUCUGCUAGAUGCCGUUGUGUACACCUUAGACACAGAGGAGGAAACCACACUGGUUGACGACCUCUUGCCAAGCGGUAGUUUUAUCAUCUUCGAGGACGAGAGUCUUGCGGAGGAAGACGGCACCGAUGAGAGUAUCAGCCGAUGUUUUGAUGCCAACAGAUUGAGUCAGAGUGCCUUCAAGUUGACUACACCCACGCCCAAGGGGCCUAACUCAUGCGGCCCUGAAGAACCAACGCCUGCUGGUAUCUUUGUUAGUGAAGUGAAUGUGAAAUCUCCACCUGGACGUGGUUUCGUGGAGCUGUUUGACGGUGGCCAGGGCAGCACGUCCCUGGAUGGAUAUCUGCUGAUCUUUUACCAAGCUCCUCGAGACCGAUCCUUCUACGAAGUAGACUUGACGGGAAAACGAUCCGGUUCAUCUGGAUAUUUAGUUAUCGGUGGGUCCGGUGUUACUCCAACACCAGACGUGAUCGCAGACGAUCUUUCCUUCCCAGACGGACCGGGCGCAGUGGCCGUCUAUCGGGGUACCAUCGACUUGUUUCCUCUGGGCACAGUGGCAACUUCCCGGUCUCUCGUCGACGUGGUCGUCUACGGCGAUCCUCAAGAUCGGGCGGACGGUCUCAUAGCCAAACUGGUACCCGGCCAGAUACAGGCGUAUGAAAACAGUGAGCUGGUGAACGGCGAGGACGUGUCGUUGUCCAGGUGCAUAUCGCAGUCCCCACUGAACGUGGCUGCCUUCGUGUCUACACUGAAGACUCCAGGUUCCCCCAAUAACUGCGAUGCACUGUACAAGCCCGUUUACAUCAACGAAAUAAGCCCCCACGGUGCACCGUCCGAGAGGUUCAUAGAGUUGUACAACGACGGAGCUGGCUACAGUUCCUUGGAUGCUAUUGUCCUGUUGCUGCUUGAGGAAGGGUUCAACAUACCGUAUAGUGUGAUUCCCUUGACGGGGAAUCGGACAGACAGUAAUGGCUACUAUCUGAUCGAGAAUGUGACCGAGCUAAGGCCCAUCGGUCAGGUGGCCCUCUAUCGAGGAGACUAUGCCACGUUUAACACGGGGCGUGCCCCAAUUGGCUCCAUGGUAGACCAGCAGACAUACAGCACGCAUGGCGUUGAUAUAGCCCUACUCGAGGGAAGUUCGACCGUUUCGAAGGAAACCUUUUCCAGGUGUAACAGGUGUCAAUCCUCCCUGGGUUCGUACCUCCCCCUUGCCCCAGCGUCGCCCGGCUACAAGAACUUGUGUCCAAUCUCUGCCUUCGGCACCCAAGUCACUGUAACCCUGACUGAUGCCUCGUAUGACGCCUGGAACUCAGAUAGCACCUUAAAGCCUGCCCUGGAGAGGGUCCUUGCUAAGGGUAUCAACUCCCAAUGUAGAUGCGGCUUCACAGUGGACUAUUUUUGCGACCCGAAGCUGCUUAAAGGUAGCGUUGUUUACCAAGCCAAUAUGUACGCCACCGGCCCUGGCCAGUCCAGACUACUGACCCAGAGCUUCCAAGCGUUCCUGAUGGAAACAGACAAGAUAACUGUGGACGGGAAAGCGUACACUGUCUCUGGUGAUAAAAUGGCAAACCAAACUGGAACCCCUGUGUACGUGGUUGUCCUACCAGUGCUUUUUGCUGUUAUUGUAAUCAUUGCACUGAUCAUUGCCGCAGGAUACUUCGUCAAGAAGAGGAAAUCAGCAUCACGGUUUGAUGACGACGUCAAACUUGAGGAAAGAAAUCACAAUGUUGAAUUUGAUAAUCCUUCCUACACAAAUGAUGGCAAGUGAAUACAGCAGGCCAAUGGUAUAGGGCCAUAGGCGUAAUUUUUAUUCCUAGGAGGGUUAGGGGCAAUGUCAUGAAUAAUUCAUGUUUAUCCAUGAGAACGGACAAUGACAUCAACAGCAUUGUUGUUAGUUACUCAACUAGUUACAAUACAUUAAAGCAUUUUAAAGAACGGUUGUCGUCGAGCUACC